AUGUCUUCUUCGAACCCCACUGGACAGAGCAAGAAGGGUUCUAUUCUCGACGACUACCGACCAAAUCGCGCGGCUACUACCGCUAGCACCUCGCCCUCCUCUAAGCCUGAGCCGAGCCUGGUUCCUGACUCUUAUUAUGACACCUACCGCCCGAAAAAUGACAAGGCGACUGGGGCUUCUGGAAAAACAAAUUCUCUAGCAGAUGAACUAGGCUUGAGUAAAGACGGGCCUUAUUUCAACAAGGAAACGGGAUAUCGCCCGAGGACCGAAGAGGAGAUACCCGACACUCAGGAGGUAAAGCAUCAGAUGAUUACGUCUGAGAGUGUCGAUGGGAGAGACGGGAGUAAUUGUGAUCCUGAUGAGGCGGAAGGUGAAACGCAAUCAUCAUUCUAG